GCUCCAUCAAACAAGCGGGGUGAGCCGAGCCCAGCCGUGAGGAGAGCGGGGCUGUGCAGAGCAGGCUGAAGCCUUCAGACGCACCCAAACCCUCCUUUCCUGGAGUCUGCCUACAGGUAAGUGCCUGGAUGCUCUGGGUUUCCCAUCAUUCCUUCGUUAUCACCUUUAAGCAGUCUCUGAGUCCCGCAAUUCCCACUGGCAACAGGGAAUCCUGCCUCCCCUCCUGGUGCUUUUCUUCAGACCUGCUUGAAACUGGGAUGGAGAGAGAAGAGAGUGAGCCCCUGGCCGGGGAGGUGGAGGAGAUGAGUGGAAGAGGCACCGUGAGCCUGGACCCGGACAGCGCCAACCCCUUCCUCCGCCUGGCUGCCGACGGGCGAGGCGUGCGCCGCGGGGACGAGUGGAGCCCAGCGCCCGCCACGGCCGAGCGCUUCGACACGGAGCCGUGCGUGCUGGGCGCCCAGGGCUUCGCUGUGGGGAGGCACUGCUGGGCCGUGGAGGUGGCCCAGGGGGGUCAGUGGUGGGCCCUGGGGGUGGCGCAGGAGUCCGUCAGGAGGAAAGGGGUCCUCGGCUUUACCCCGCGGGAGGGAAUCUGGGCCGUGGGGCAGUGGUUUGGACAAUACUUUGCUUUCACUGACCCGGACUGGACGCCCCUGCACCUCCCCUGCCUCCCCCGGGCCAUCCAGGUGUGCCUGGACUUCGCGGGCAGGCAGGUGGCCUUUGCUGAUGCCGAGACCGAGGCCCCGAUCUUUGCCUUCCGCCUGGAUUCGUGUCCCGGGGAGAGGCUGCGCCCCUGGCUCUGGGUGGGGACGGACUCGUGGCUCCAGCUGCGGCCCUGACGUGGGCGAGCGCGCGGAGGCCUGGAGAGGAGAACGCCAUCACCCGGGGCUUGGUGCUGGGCGCUGGAGCCCCUGAGCCCUGCCAGCUCCUCCUCACGUGG